GUCGUUCAAUAAGAUUUAGUAUUCUUUGGGAGAAAGAGCAGGGUUUAAGCAGCGAGUCUCAUAGACCGCUCUUACAAAAACACAGAAUUUCACCCAUCGACCUAUUCCUUCCUUCCUUCCACUGCAAUUGAAUCCAACUCCAAGUUUGUUGCUUUUCUGAUAAUCAUAUAUAAAACGGUGCAGGUGUGAGAAGGAGACCACAUUCAUCGUCUUCCACCAUGGAAAAAGGCACUUCUUUUUUGUUCGCUGGAGUCCAUUUUAAUAAGAAGAAAUUCUCCACAGACUUUUCCAGAUUCCAGAAAAAGAAGGAAAAUGAUGAAUUAGUUGAGAAUUUGAGCUUGAACGAAAAUAGAGAAUCAGAUGAAUCAGAAGAAGAAGAAAAAGAUGAAGAGAAAGUACGUGUGAAGAAGAGAAAGAGAAAGGCAGUUGGUUCUGGACCUUCCGAAUCUGUGGAGGGAUUUAGCGUUUUCAAGAGUUCAAAAUCAGUUGAAGCUACAGUGAAAGAAGAGAAUGAGAAAACUGAGAAGAAACUUUCCCAAGAGAAAAAGAAAUUUUAUCAGCAACAGGAGCGGGAUGCACUUUUCAGGAAGGAGCAUAACAUUCAUGUUGCUGGGAAUACUGUCCCAUCCCCACUUACAGAUUUCGAAGAGUUAAGCUCAAGAUAUGGAUGUAAGGCGAAAUUAUUACGUAACUUGGCAGAUCUUGGAAUUAAACAGCCAACACCAAUCCAAAGGCAGGCUAUACCAAUCCUGUUAUCUGGGCGGGAAUGCUUCGCUUGUGCUCCAACUGGGUCUGGCAAAACUUUGGCUUUUGUUUGUCCCAUGCUUAUGAAACUUAAGCCUGCUUCUAAAGAUGGUGUUGGAGCUGUUAUCCUUUGCCCUACACGUGAAUUGGCAUCUCAAACAAUUAGAGAGUGUAAAAAGUUUGCUGAGGGAAGUAAAUUUUGUAUAAAGUUAAUGACUAAGCAGCUUAUACGAAAAGCUGAUUUAUCGAAGUUCUCUUGUGAUAUAUUAGUAUCUACUCCACUUCGGUUAAAGUUAGCUAUUCGAAAGAAAAAGUUGAAUUUAAGCAGGGUUCAAUAUCUUGUACUGGAUGAAUCUGAUAAGCUAUUUGAGCUUGGCUUGUUAAAGCAGAUUGAUUGUAUAGUCAAAGCAUGCUCAAAUCCUUCAAUAGUACGUUCAUUAUUUAGUGCUACUUUACCUGAUUUUGUUGAGGAGCUUGCACGUACAAUAAUGCAUGAUGCUGUUCGAGUUAUUAUUGGCAGGAAGAAUACAGCUUCUGAAAAUGUCAAGCAAAAGUUGGUUUUUGCUGGAAGUGAAGAAGGGAAACUUUUAGCACUUCGUCAAAGCUUUGCAGAGAGUCUGAAUCCGCCAGUGUUAAUCUUCGUCCAGAGCAAGGAGAGAGCUAAAGAACUGUACGCAGAACUGUUAGUUGACGACAUUCGAGUGGAUGUCAUCCAUUCUGAUCUGACACAGGAGCAGGCAAGUUCUUGUUAUCUUUAACAUAUACUACUUAAUUAAUUACGGUAAAGGAAAAAAUAUUCUAGUGAUGCAUGCAGGAUCCUUCUCUACUUUAGAACUCUCGCCAAUCACCAUCUGACUUAAACAAUUUGACAAAAAUUGAAACAAAAUCUAGAAUAAUUUAGUUGGGUGCCUGGUAAAAAAUGAGAGAGAUCUUAACUUUUGGAUGCCCUUCAUUUUGACAUUGUUGAAGUAACUCUUCUUAAUACUUAUGUAAUGGUACUGGGAAAGUGCCUAAGUGUAUGAAAAUGUUUUGGACUACAUCCAUGUGCUAGGUCCUUUGGAACUUGUAAUAUCUCUUGUGAACUUUCUGUGGACCUGCUCAUGUGCUGAAGUAACUGUUUUUGGGAUUAUUCUUUUCAUGAACUUACAAUCUACUGUGUGUUGAGUGCUAACCUAUUAAAUGGCAUACAGCGAGACAGUGCUGUUGAUAACUUCAGAGCUGGUAAAACAUGGGUUUUGAUCGCCACUGAUGUUAUUGCGCGGGGUAUGGAUUUCAAAGCAAUCAACUGCGUGAUCAAUUAUGAUUUUCCGGAUUCUACUUCUGCAUACAUUCACAGGAUUGGUCGGUCUGGGCGAGCAGGAAGAAGUGGGCAAGCUAUUACUUUAUACACUGAGGAGGACAUUCCUUUUUUACGAAACAUAGCCAACGAGAUGAAAAGCUCCGGCUCUGUGUUUCCAUCUUGGGCCAUUGGCUUACAGAAAAAGAAGUGGAAGAAGCACCGGCCUCGUAGAGAUACAAUAUCAACAACCCCCCGAGAUAAGGGAGAAAAGAAGAAAUAAACAAUGAGUUUUCCAUAGUUGUGAGUUCUUGACUAUAAUGUAUCGGUUUUAAUUUAUUUGGUUACAAAAUUUUGCACACCCGAAAUGUUAUAGGUCGAUUUUUACUUUUUCUUUUUAGUUCUAAUGCUCCAUAUCAAGCUGGUUUGCUUUUGAAUGAAAUUUCUGUCGCUUAUACCCAAAACAAUGUGAUUGAAUACAACAUGCUUCCAUAUUCUUUUGAACUAAGACCAUCUCCGCAAAAUUAGCUAAAUUUACUUCAUAUUUGGUUCAAA